GAGCAGUGGGAUGAUUGCAGAGCGGCGAGUCACGUGUGGCGGCGUGUGACGUGUCCGAGGCAGGAGGUUGUGUUGUGGAAGCGGUGCUGGGCCGGGCCUGCAAUUGCCAGUGUGUAGCACAGACGCUGCCACUGUAGGAACCAGACUCUGGAGUUCGCUGAAUCAGAGAUGCUGCGAGGUGACUGAAAAAGUUGAAAGAAACUGAAAGCACCACCAAAUCUGUCUGCUGUUGCCAAGCAAAUACUGUUUUGCUGAAUGGAGACUCAAGUGUAGGAAGUGUUGGGCCAAAACCUGAAUAGUUUUCCAAGUCUGUGAAGAACUUCGAGGGUCUUCACUUUGCCUUGAGAGGGUCUCUUCGCCAUCUCCUUGCUGUGAUAUGCACUCAGCUCUACAUGUAUAAAUCAAACCGCAAAAUGAGCAUAGCAAUUAUUUUCAACGCUCUGCUUGUAUCCAUCCUGGCGGCAGUGCUGUGGAAGUAUGUCAAGUUGUGGGAGCAUGCCACUUCACUAGAGGAAGAAUUGAUGCUAUCCCAGCAAACCCAAGAACUGUCCCAAGUGAGGAUUGACUACCACGCAGCCCUGCAGGCUCUUAUGGAAAAUGGCACCAGAAUGGUUUGCAUAGGGAGGAUGCAUACUGAGCGGAUCUGUCGGAUUGAAUCCCUCUGCUACUCUACUGAGGCCGAAGAGUUUGUCUUCUUCCAUGGCAAUGCUUCUAUAUUGCUGCCAAACCUGGGCUCGCGGCGGUUCCAGCCUGCUCUGUUGGACCUGUCUUCGGUAGAAGAUCAUACCGCACAAUACUUUAAUUUUGUUGAAUUGCCUGUUGCUGCUCUCAAGUUCAUGCAGAAGCCAGUCUUUGUGCCAGAUGUUGCAAUGAUCAUGAACCGGUUCAAUCCAGACAACCUCAUGCACAUCUUCCAUGAUGAUCUGCUCCCAAUCUACUACACAAUGCAGCAGUUCCCAGACUUGAAUGAAGAUUCGCGCCUAGUCUUCAUGGAAGGUUGGAAUGAAGGGUUGCACUUUGAGCUCUACAAAUUAUUUAGCAACAAACAACCUCUUCUGAGGGAACAGUUAAAAAGUCUUGGGAGCUUGCUUUGCUUUACAAAAUCUUAUGUUGGGUUGUCGAAAAUGACAACUUGGUAUCAGUAUGGCUUCAUCCAACCUCAGGGACCGAAAGCAAAUAUACUGGUAUCUGGCAAUGAAAUAAGGCAAUUCACACAAUUCGUUGUGGAAAAGUUAAAUGUUACUACAGGCUCCAGUGGUGAAGAGUACAUUGUACUGUUCAGUCGCACAGUCAACAGGUUAAUUUUGAAUGAAGCGGAAUUGAUCCUAGGUCUGGCACAGGAGUUUCAGAUGAAGACUAUUGCAUUGUCUCUGGAUGAAUAUUCCUUUGGAGAUCUUGUAAGACUAAUUAGCGGCGCCUCCAUGUUGGUCAGCAUGCAUGGAUCCCAACUGGUGAUGGCACUGUUUCUGCCCAGGGGUGCUGUGGUAGUUGAACUCUUCCCUUAUGCAGUGAACCCAGAACAUUACACACCCUAUAAAACCUUGGCAUCUCUCCCAAACAUGGACCUUCAGUAUGUUGCUUGGCAGAACACUAAGGAAGAGAAUACUGUUACCUAUCCUGACAGGCCCUGGGAACAAGGUGGAAUUGCUCACCUAGAUAGGGCUGAACAAGAACGCAUAGUAAAGAGCAAAGAAGUCCCUCGCCACCUGUGCUGCCGAAAUCCUGAAUGGCUAUUCCGUAUUUAUCAGGACACACUCAUAGAUAUGCCAUCGCUAAUGACCACAAUUCAUCAGUCGGUGAGAUCCAAACCUCCUCUCGGAAAGGUUAAAGCAAGAAGUAUAAUAUAUCCUGGGAAAGUGCGAGAUUCCACAUGUCAAGCCUCUGUCCAGAGUGCCAGUGAAGCAAAAUUGUCAAUUUCAUGGCAAGUACCUUGGAAUCUGAAGUACCUAAAGGUAAAAGAGGUGAAAUAUGAGGUUUGGAUCCAGGAACAAGGUGAGAACACGUAUAUGCCCUACAUUUUGCCUCACCAGAACUACACGUUUGUAGAAAACAUUAAACCAUUUACAACCUAUCUGGUUUGGAUAAGGUGCAUCUUUAAUAAAAACCUUCUCGGCCCAUUUGCAGAGGCACUGGCUUGUAAUACAUAAGGCAAGAUUGCUGUAUGGGCAAGGAGGAAACAUCCUGUACUUCACUAUGUCGUGUGGCUCAAAAGUGUGUAAUUCAAUAUUCUGUUAGCCCUGUAGUUGACAAAGUGUGUAACGAAUAACAGGACUGAUCUUAAAUAACGAGUUGUUUUGGGGCUUUGUGCACAGUGUUGACCUGACGCAAAGAAACACAGUUAAAAGGCAACUAAUCUGGCUGGAAUAAGAUUCACUCUGGUUGUGAUGGAUCAUAACAAAGAUUAGUAUUAAGUGAUUGGACUGGUUUUUAAUGCACUCGUUUGAAAUGACUUUAAGGGCAUCCCAAAUCAGAAGUUCAGUAUUGAUGGGAUCGACUGUGGACAUUAAUGGUACCACAGGAUAUUGUAUUGUGCAGUCCAGAGAGAUUGUGGAUGUUUGAAUCUUCGUAACGAAGCCACUGCUGGAGUUUAGAAGCAACACUGGUUAACUUGGUUUGAUGAAUGACAUAAUAGUAUUACACAUCAAUCAACCGAAGUGGAAAAUAACAGCUAAAGAUUCAUCAGCAAACAUUGUGAGGCACAGCUGUUGAGAGCAUUGCGCAUGGUUGGUGUGAUUCAAGCCACAGUGGCAGAAAAGCAUAUGUUCCAGUGUGUAAAUUAGCUCAGGUGAACUUGGUGGUUGACGUAUUUUGUGCUCUUGUAAAAAAAAAAAUUUGUUUCGAUCCAACAGCGAUUCUCACUGUAAUAACUUGUUCCCUCCGAUUGUAAAAUGCUACAUUUCUGACUAGUGAAAGCAAUCGGUGGCCUGUAAGAAUCCAGUAGGUGUGACCACCUUCUCCCAACCCAGCUUCAGAUGCCAAGAACAUAUCAUCUUUGAGCUUCCUGUUCCUCAUCUUCAAAGAUUCCUUAUGCCAUAUAUUGAAGAGCCUUUUGUGGAAGACAGGAUGUCUGUCUGCUUCAGUUUUCCAUUGAACUUUUGAAGACUUCUGAUUCUAAAAUCCUGUUUAUGAAUUUAAAGCAAAAUGUAUCUGCUUUCAGAUUAUGCUCUUUUAACCUUCUUUCAAAUUCCUAUCCCUUUUUGGAAAAGUACCUGCAGUUGAACACAGUAAAUUCAAGUAAUAUGAAGAUGAGGAUGUUAUCCAGGAGCAGAGAUCACAGAGGAAGAACGGUGAGGGAGAGACUCAUGGAUAUCCUUGUAGAGAGGAGGAAACCUUCUUCAAAGUGGUUCUGAUGCAGGGUCUUGACUCGAAACAUCGACUUGCACCUUUUGCCUCCACAGAUGCUGCUUGAUCCACUGAGUUUCAUUUAAAUUCAAGUAGUAAUCUUCUUUCCUAGCUGAAUCUCCAUACCAACAGUACUCCAGCUGUGCACAAACAAUGGCUAAAUAUAAUUGUAAAAUCUUCACUUGUGGACAUUACCAUAAAUAUGCACAUAAUUAUUAAUGUAAGUGGAUUAGGUGCAAAUCUAGAUUUGACAGAUUUAUUCCCCCAGUUGGAAGUGUCUGCAUUGGGAAUCACUGAGCAGAGCAUAAGGUCAUUCUUUCUGAAUCGGGCAAGAUGAGACAAAAGACCACUUCCUAAACUGGAGUAUCUUUAAUGAAAGCCAGGGAUCUUAUGUGGUUUAGAAUUUUCAAGUAUAAAAUGUAAACCGUUCAACAAAGUAUCAACAGUCCAUCACAAACUAAACUCCAACAGAAUAGUCUUCAGUAGGUUAAUUGCUUUUGAUUUUAAAAAGAAUCAUGUUUGGAUGCAAUUAGAAAACUUCUGGUUUCCGAAGACUAGGUUGGUGGUAAAGUGAGUUCCAUGGAUUCCAUUUGUUAUGACACAUUAAGUAUCAGCAUAAUUUCUUCCUUGUGAGAAAACUUGAAGGUAAUGGUUUCCCCUUGAGCAGGUCAGAGAAUGGAUAUACUGCAGCUAGUGACUUACCCCUUGGCUCUCAAAAGUUUUUCCACCAUCUACAAGGCACAGCUUGGGAUUAUAUUCGAAUACUCUCCAAUUGUCUACAUCUCCAUCAGCACUCAAGAACCUUGACACCAUCCAGGACAAGGCAACCUACUUAAGAUGAACAAUGCAACCUACUUGACCACCAUGAACGUUCACUCCCUAGCCCACAACCACAACACGGCUAUAGUCUGUACCAAGUACAGAUUGAGGGCUUUGACAAUAUCUCUUAAAUCUGAUCUAUACUACUUGGAAAAACAAAAUUAGCAGGGAUAUUGGAACACCAUAGCCUGCAGGAUCCCCUUCAAGUAUUGUACCAUUCUGACUUGGAAAUAUAUUGAAAUUCCAUUGUUGCUGGACUAAAUUCUGGAACUUCUCGUGCAACAGCAUUGCGGAGUACCUUCGCUAUAAAGGACUACAGUGUUUCAAGGCACAUAGACACAUAGCCAUUACUCCCUCAAGGGCAAAACCCAGCUAUGCCCUCGUCCUGUCAAGAUAGUUACACAAAGCAAAUAAAAUGUGUAAAAUCAAUUCCAGUCACUCAGAGCAGUGUAGGCUACAGGUGUGAUUGAAAGGGAGAAGAUAAGAUACCUUUAUUAGUCACAUGUACAUCGGUCUUCAUUCUAUCCAGGAUGUAUGAUGUCACUGUGUAUUCUGUUUUUUCCAAAGUCACAUAGUUCAUUGUUAAUGACAUCUUAAAUAUGAUAGCUGCAUUCAAAAUUAGAUCUGUGAGUUAGCCUGAUGCAAGAUGAAAUUCACACCAUCUUAUCUACAUCAGUUUUUGCUUUGUCUUCAUUGUGAACAUUUCUGGUGCCAACACAAUAGGGCCAUCACCAUGUUUAUGGAUCACAGGAAAUCCAACUAUGUUGAUGUAGUCAUUAGCAAUUUAAAAGCAGCAAGCCCAUCUGAUCUGGCAUAAAAUACAUCCCUUAUAAACAUAAUGUGAAUUCUCACUUUUGCGAUGGUGCUAUUGAUCUUGGCAGGAGUUGUAUUUAAGUAUUAAAUGUUGACUAUUGCAGUUUAGUCCCCUGUGGUCCGAUGCUCAUGGGAAAGUUUUUUUUAGGUUUAGCCCUGCAAAUGCUUGCCUGAAAUUGCUGUACUGUUUGUGUGUCUAUAACGUUUGGUACCAUUGGCCUCGCUCUUACUUGGAUAGCAAAAGCUGGUCCAUUGUCUUCAUUAUCUUAAAGGUUGUUCUUGAAUUAUUGAAAACAUGAAACAAGAUGAUAACUGUUUACAGGUAUAUGUUCUAUUGGCAUUGAAGGGAGUCUGUGGUAUAUUGAACACACAAUUGUGUUCUCAGAAUAUAUUCUUGAAAAAUGUUUUGUAUGUUUCACUGUGUGUGUGUUUUAAGUUGUUAGCCAAGAUUGAAAAUGACAAUGAUUGAAGCUUUUAUUUAUUUUUUACUUUUCUUUCUCACCCUCUUUCACAUUUUUUUGUCCUGUUCACAAACUCAACUUUUCAAUUCUAACCUUGCCUCCUACAGUGAAUCCUAAUCAUAGUAAAUGGCUCAUUCAAGAGUUGAUUGCAUACCAGCUACAUAGGGGAGAAUGAUCUGUACUGUUAAACCCAGUUGCAGCAGAUCUCACUUUAUAUAGACUCAAGAACUGCCUGAGCUAAUCCACAAUUUGAAGCACGUUCAGUAUAAAACACUACAGACAAUCAUUUGCUACUCAAGUAUUAGAUUGUUGCCUAAAAAGGCUAGAUGUUCUCCCAGUAUUUUCAGAAAUCAUACUCAGUAAAUUCCAUAAAAAACUUUUAAUGGUCAAAUCAAUUAAUUGCAAUCCCUUUGGAAUCACUUGAAGUUGGGAAAGGCACAAUAUUUUUAAAAUAUGGUAGGUAAAGAUUAGCAACCAGGAAAGUUUAUUUAUGGGGGUCACCUUUGCUGGAGGAGAUCCUGUGAUCAUCUUGACUGUCUCUUAACAAAAUACUCAAAAUUGACAAUGCAAUCACGAUAUUUUAGAAAUCAAAUACUGUACUGUAUUUUCAGGAAGCUUGGAUUACAAACUGUGCCAGAUGCAAAUAAUUUCACAAUUGAAGCCAAUUGGUUACCUUUGAAGAGAGCUCAGUAUUUAUGUGAAUUGCAAGCAGCCCUUCAAAGUACAGGUGGCCAGCUCAUUGGCAGCAUGUUAAAAAUUAGGUUUUGAGGAUGCUUAUGUGGAGCAAAAACUUCAGCAAAGGCUGGUUGAGCCAAGAUCCUGUUUCUAUGCCACAAAUGUUAUGUAAUUAUAUGUUUUUAAAAAAUUUAAACUAGCACAGCUCUUCUGGUUUUGAUGUAUACCCUAUUUAACUUGCAUCUGUGUCACUGACUAGCUGUCGGCAGCUAUCUUGUAAUCAGCACUGCAGUGUGCUGAUUGUAAACCCCUCUUAUUUAUAUGAUGCAUCCCCUGAUCUCUGAAGCCUCCAGUAGAUGCUCGGCAGCUAUAAGCCAGAUGUUGAUGGCUGGAAAUAGUUUGUAUCAGCUCAGCACUGCUACUCUCAAAAUACCCUCAAAGAAAUCAUAGGACAAAAGUGAUGAAGGAUAAAGGAUUUUGCUCUUCAGAUAUGGGGUCUAUUCCUGGUUUCCCUAACAAGAUGAUAAUGCACCCCGUUAUUAAACCCAUGCAACCCUUGGGGUGAAGGUACUGCACUAAUGAGAAUAUUAGGCAAUUAAUUCUUAGAUCUUAGCUUAAUGAUGUGGAGGAAAUGGCAGUGCAUGGGUAACACCUGCACUUCUGAGGCAGACCCUUGUGUGUUCAGUUGCCAUGUUGCAGGCUUGAGAAUAAAAGUUUAGGCUUAUGCUCCAAGUGCAACACUGAGGAGAAACUGUAUUGGUGAAAGUGCGAUUCUUUGGUUAAACUGAGGUCUCAUCUCUCUCAGGUGAACAUAAAAUAUCCCAAUAGCACUAUUUCACCUAGUUAACCUUAAAACAACAUCAGUAUAUGAUUAUUAUCGCAUUACUGCCUGUGGGAGCUUGCUGUGUACAAUUGGCCACCAUAUUUUGUACAUUAUAGACUUCAAUAGUACAUCACUGGCUAUACCAUGCAUACUCUAGUAGUGGAAAUCCACUCUAAGUUUUAAAGUCGGGGUGCUGAAUGAUUUGGAUAGAAGCUUGGAGGUAAAGAUGUUCCCAUGAUCUUACAGCUGUCACCCUUCUCAGUAAGAAAACUUGUGUUGUUGAACUGUGGUAUCAGAGUACCUCUGAGUCUAUGCUCUGCUUCCUUUGGAUAGUUCAUACUCAUUGAUUUAAGAGCUGCAUGUUGCAUUAGAUGCCAGUCUCACAGACAGGUCUCUCUGUAGACUACUGAACUCCUUGGGUCAUUGCACUUGUAAUAUAUCCAGGUGACUAUCCAAUCUCACUUCUGGCAGUUAAUGGAAGAGCAUCAAGGGGACAGGGAGUGUGAUACUUUUCAGAGUUCUCAGUGAUUGUCCUGAUCUAGAAGCAACUGCCAGUGCAUCUGGCCAGAUAAGACUUCUGCCUAGUGAUGCACCCCAAGGUGUCAACAGUGUAGGACUUAACAUUAGCAAUGUCAUUGAAGAUUAGGUUGUGUCAAGCUAUUGCACAGGAUUACAGUGCUGAUCAGCAGCAAGAUAAUGUACUGGCAACUUACUGCGUGGAUGGAGACUGUAUUUCCUAACGUAGGUGCUGCUAACGCCGAUUGCUGAAAAGAUAUCUUCUAUACAGAGUCAUACUAAUACUGCAUUUAUGUCAUGGCUCACUUGUCCCAAAGGCCAUUGUUAUACUCUGGGAAGCAGUGACUUCCCACAAACAGCGGUGAUAUUGACUGUAGUAAUAUCAAAAUAGAGUUUAUUGUCAUAUGCAUAAGUACAUAUAUGCACAGGUGCAAUGAAAAACUUACUUGCCGUAGCACCACAGGCACACAGCAUCAUAUAAGCAGCAUUCACAAGAAAAACAUAAAAUUGUGUAUAAAUUGAGUUUAAUUUACAAGAAAGAACACAAUUAGAAUAUAAACCAAAGUCCAUUUUAGUGCAUAGUGAAGGAUCAGUGUUGCUCAGGAGCUCCAUUGCUCUUCUUUGACAUAGUGCUAUGGGAAGUUUUAUAUUGACCUGGGAGAGAUCUUGGGGCCACAGUUUAAUAUCCCAUCCAAAAGAUGUGCUCAAAUUUCUGCAAUGGAAUUUCUGAUUCAAACUGAGCCAAGGCUGGCUCCUAAUAAUGAGGCCUAAAUUCUGUAUCAUUGAUUGACUGUGAAUGGUGACUGAAUAACAUCGAUUACAAUAGAUCAAUAAAGAAAAACGCUUGCACUUUUCAUGGCCUCAGAAUGUCCCAACGCUCAGUAGGACCAAGUAACAUCUGAAUAGAAGACUAAUAUGGUACCACUUGCUCUGGGUAGCACUGAGGACUGCCAAAUGUACCAAUUUUAAGAACCAAUCAUAAUUAAUAUUUUCAAACCAAUGUGAAAGUGCAUAGAAAGAAUUGUGAGAAACUGUAAGAUGGUUGUACUGUGAACAUUAUGAAAUGUCUUUAAUAUUUGUUUUGUAAUGUAUGUUUUACAUUUGUUUUUUGCUCUGGGAAUUUUAUCUAUUUAUUGAUAAAUUGUAUUGUUGUAUUGGCCAGGAUGUCAAGAACUGCACAAAAGAAAUCUAACUUUCCUGUGAUGUGGCAGGUUAUUUAAUAUUGUGUCCAGAUACAUUUGCACAUUUGUUUGUUUCAGUAGAAUUUGAGCUGGAUGCAGUGUGACAAUUCAUUCAUAUUUAAUGUUGACAUAAAUCUGGUGUGACAUUUCUGUACUGGAUAAUUAAAUAUAGGAUUAGCUAAUUCAAA